CUUCUAAUAGAGAGAUAUUUCAAAAAAUUGGCAACCAUGCUUUGUCUUUCUACAAUAUAGCACAUAUUAUUGUUAAUCUUGAAAAAUCAGUUCUUGCCAUCAACUAUACUAAAGAUUUAAACCCUUCUAUUAUCUUUGCCAAUACAAGCAUACCCA